UGCACAAAGACCUACCUACAGAUAAUACCUACAUAAAGAAUUUCUACUGGUUUCUUAUGUACUUUCAUCCCAAAAUAAUUUUGAUCGUUUUGAUUAAUCACCAGCAACAUAUGUGUAGAAAGACUUAUAUUCACAUUUACUAAUUAGAAUUACUAAUUGGAAUUAAUCCCAAUGCACGUGAGAAUCAGAUCCCUUGUGUCUUGCUCAGCCACCAUUCCACUUUGUCCUUUGAUGCUAAUUGGUAAAAAAAGAAGGUGUAUAUCCUCUUGUGCACACUUGCGAACACACUGAAGCCAUUCAGUCUAACUCAUCAGCAGCUUUCAAAUAUGCCAUUCUUGGCUGUGUGGCAUCUUAGGAUUUGCUUUAAGAUUCUACCUUAACACAUGAACAGUUAAGACUUAAUAGACCUGGUUUAGACCAAAUGGGAACACUCCAACUGUCUGCCUUAAGACUCCCGUGGACAGUGACAUCUGGUCACAUUAGAAUUACAGUUUUCAACUACAAAGAAAACUUUUUUUAACCUUCUGACACAGAAAAUUGAUCCACUUGUGGAAGUUGCAAGACCCCAAGAACAUUAAUUGUGACUUUCAGGAAACAGCAGAACACCAUCUUGACCAGAUGAGUAUGAGACCAAAUGGUCUCGUCAAAUCCUGCUGCUUUGUAAUGCUCUGGCACUACCCAAAACUCAACUUCUGAAUUCUCCAUGCACAGAAACAUCUCUCUUCCCUUAGAGAGCAGUGGUUCUAUUUUCACUGUAUCACAAUAUUCUAUGGUUGGUGCCUUGCUCUUGGGUUUGUUCUAUAAAACAGGUAGAAGAAAACAAUUUAUAUAAUUGUUUCUGUUCCUUAAAAACCCAGAUGAGCCAGUACAAGCAGUCUAGCUCCAGGAUAUUCUGAAGUCCAUUGCCCAAAAGGUACAAAUACUUGGCUUCAUGCUCUAUAUGAGAAAUGAGCAGUUCAAGUAAUCCUUAAAAACGAAGACAUUGGCAGAACGGAGAAUUAAUAGGUUUCCACUUCCAAAGGGAAAACAGUCCCAUUGCAGAAAGGUUUACAAGCACUAGUCUGUACUAUAUUCAGAAGACUAUGCUCUGAAUAUCCUAUGAUGACUAUGAAGCAGCAGCCUAGGCACUUUCAGUAAGGGUUUGUCCAGAGAUCUUUUAGAAGAGAUUGACAAUUGCUUUUUACAGGAUGAUAAUAAAAUCUACACCUACGUGUAUUCUGACUUUACUGACACCUAACUGCUACAGAAACUACACAUCACAUGCCAUCCUGCUGUAAACAUAUCCCUUUUCUAUCCUGUUUUUGUUUUUGUUUUUUGAACCUGCAGCAUCUUCUACUCCAGUCACCAAGAUGGAAGAAAAUGCAAACACCAGUUUGGAAGAAGAUUUCGAAGGACAAGCUACACACACAGGGCCCAAAGGUGUGAUCAAUGACUGGAGAAAGUUUAAAUUAGAAAGUGAAGAUAAAGACUCCUUACCCUUGAGCAAGAAAGAAAUUCUUAGACAAAUGUCUUCACCACACAGGUCCUUCAGUAAAGAUGAUAAAGAUACCAGAGAGAGAUUCUGCCGUAAGAUGAGUAUGCAGGAGUAUGAAUUAAUAAAUGAUGAGAAAGAAGAUGAAAGUUGCCUACAAAAAUACCGUAAACGCUGCAUGCAGGAUAUGCACCAAAGGCUGAGUUUUGGGCCUAAAUAUGGCUAUCUGUGUGAGCUGCAAAAUGGAGAACAGUUCCUGGAAGCCAUUGAAAAAGAACGUAAAACUACCACCGUCAUUGUUCACAUUUAUGAAGACGGCAUCAAGGGCUGUGAUUCUCUGAACAACAGCUUAACCUGCCUUGCUGCUGAGUACACUACUGUGAAGUUCUGCAAGAUCAAGGCCUCCAGCACUGGGGCUGGAGAUCGCUUCUCAGACGAAGUGCUUCCCACUCUGCUCGUCUACAAGGGUGGAGAGCUUCUGAGCAAUUUCAUCAGCGUUUCUGAACAAUUCAAUGAGGAAUUCUUUGCUGUGGAUGUGGAAUCUUUCCUAAACGAGUAUGGGUUGCUACCUGAAAGGGAGCUUCCAGCACUGGGAAAUGUCAACACGGAUGAGCAAGAUGUUGAAUAGAAAGCCUAGUCCUCGCUGCCUUCCCUUUCUCUCCUGCACAUUAUAUAUCAAUCUCAGUAAUACCCAACUCAUUUAGAGAAGGCUGUCAUUGCUUCCUAAAAUAUUUUUAAGAUAUGCAUAUAUAAAUACUCCUUAAUCAUUAGCAUAUGAAUUUUUAAGUAAAACACAUACAUCAGCCAGCAAUGUACAUAGUUAUUUCUACAGCAGGCACAGGUAACAGGAAGAACAAGAGAUGAUACUGGUGAUCUGUAAGAAACUAGGCAUGCACAAAAUUAAAAAUGAAGGGCCUGAGCGGGUCUCUGCUAUGCACGAGAAUGACUUCAUAUCAACAGGAACAGAACUGAUCUGUCCCUGCACAUACAAGAAAAGCCAUCUCCAUCGUCAGAAUUUAUAGAGAGUCCUGGCUCCACAGAUUCACUUUUCCAACUACUUUCAGUAGAAACAAGAUUCAUUGAUUCAUGUAGUUUUAAGGGCAAACAAAUAGCCUGAAGCCCUUGCAAUCUUAAAUGGCUUAGGUACCUAGGAUACUGUUUCAUGUUUCCGCAUUUAAGUUUUAAUAAUUGUGAAAAUACAACAGCUAACACAAACAACCUACCAGCUAAUUUCAGUUUAUCAUUUCUCCGUGUUUUGAACUGUAAUAUUUAAAAUAUUUGCAAGCUACUGAAAAAGUAUAUUGUGCUUAUGUAAUAACUCUGAAUAAACCUUAACAGCUUUUAAAAACUGCCAUGAGAAGUGCAAAAUAUGUUUUUAAUCUGUAACAUUAAAAAUGUGGGAAAUAUCAGAAAGCACUCAUUCAAGUUUUUAUCUUUAUAGAAAAGGAUACUGCUGAUAACAAUUUUAAAAAUAAUUUCAGAAGACACAUUGUAGAUUCCCUACAGAUCUUGCUCACCACUUCUCUGUACAUGUGAAGACGUUCAGCUUUUGCAGCAAGACAUUAAUAAUGUUUCAAUAAUUUCUUUUGCUCAGUGGCAAAUUUGAAGGCUAAACUUCACUCUAAAAAGAGAGGUAUCUGCAUCUUAACCACAUAGUUUUGCUGAUAACGUCUGAUAUUAUCAAAAUCUUCUGGCACUCACCUGAUUCACUUACCAGUUUUCAUUUGAUUUGCUAGCUUCACAUUUUGACCACUUCAGAGUGAGAGAUUCAGUUUUUCUUCAGGUCAGGAUCCCAUCAUGGAAAUGUCACCUUGUGACAGCCUGAACAUGGAUCGGUACGAAUGUAUAAUUCAGACAUCAGCAUCAAGGAGCUACGAGACAUGGUUUAGAGGCUUGUGGUAGCAAUGGUAAUGGGAGGACGGUUGAACUAGAUGAUCUUGCAGGUCGUUUCCAACCUUGGGAUUCUAUGAUCAAGAAACUAUUGCUGUGAUCUAACCCACACAGCCAAAUUUCCGUGACUUCAUUAAAAGCAGGCUCCUGAUCACUCUUCUAAACAUUCUAAAUUUUUUUCUACUUUUCAUUCACAUGGAAAAUUCACAGGGUAAACCAAAGUUACACCACUCUCCAACAG